AUGGCUUCUGGUGCUAUGGUGACGGCUACACCAUAUCAAUCUGCGCCACAGUAUAAUACUUCGAUGCCUGUUGCUGGCCGUCAUCGUGUUACUACCACGCUCUGGGAGGAUGAAGGUACACUUUGUUUCCAAGUGGAUGUAAAGGGAGUGUGUGUGGCUCGUCGCCAUGAUAACAAUAUGAUCAACGGAACCAAGCUUUUGAAUGUCUGUGGCAUGUCUCGUGGAAAGCGUGAUGGUAUUUUGAAGAACGAAAAGGAGCGUAUUGUCGUAAAAGUGGGAGCUAUGCAUUUGAAGGGUGUUUGGAUUGCAUUCAAUCGUGCAAAGCAACUGGCUGAACAACACGGCAUUGCAGACGCUUUGUACCCACUAUUUGAACCUAAUAUUCAGUCUUUCUUGUAUCAUCCUGACAAUUAUCCACGGACGGCGGCUGUCAUGGCAGCAGCUCAAGAACGUCACAGGCAUUAUGCUCUCCCUAACACUGCUACUACCCCUGUGAAGGAUGUGUCUGGAGCUGACAUGAAUUCUAAUAUGCCUCUACAAUCAAACAUGUCGAGCAGUCAGUGGGGCAGUCCCCACCAGUCGUCGCAUGACGGAUCAAAUACUAAUAAUGGUGCGGAUGCCGCUUUGCACUAUCAGUAUCAGCAUCAUCCCCAUUAUCAGACUCCUGGACCCGCUAUGCCUGUCCAGAACACGAACUCAGCUACCCCCAACGCAAUGUUCAACUCGCCCAGCGCACACUAUCAAACACAAUCGGUGCAGGCACCUGUACGCUCUAUUCCGGCAGCGAACUUGGGUAUGGAGCGCCGUUUUGAUCAACCCGCUGAGGCGCAAGUUUCUUCUCAGUCUCUUGCUCAACAAGCGCAAAUUUCAUCCCAACAAUCAUCUCAAAUGCCCCAUUCCACACAGGACCCUAUUGCAUCCGCCGAAGGUGUGACCUCUCCAACCGGCACAACCACUACUGCAAGCCCUAGCACAAAGCACCAUCAAACGGAGCAGACUGACUCAGGGAGCGAGCUUGUGCACAAGGAAGAGGCUGGUAGUAGCACAAUUCAAUCUGCUUCUGAGAGGGCGGGAGGGACCCAGGAAGAGGGGGAUGUACAGACUGAAACUUAUGCGGCGACAUCUUUGCCUACUGAAAGUUAUUCUUCUAGUGAAAAGCCAAAGGAUGAAGACGAAACAUCUUCAGCAAAGCAAUCGGAGUUGUAUGCUGAUGGUCAAGCAAAGCUAGGAUCUGACUCUGAAGAAAAAACAGCUUCAUCCUCGUGA